CUAGUCCUUGCCUUAGCCACCAUUGACAUUUCUUAUUUCAUUGAUCAAUGUUUGGAGGUGUGUAGGGUUUUAUUUAGAUUAUUUUUUCUAUUUUUUAUUAUUGCCUUAGAUUCAAGUACUUCGGUACUAAAUUAAGAUUGGUGAUGUAUUUAGGAUUAUCUAUUUUAAUAUUCAGUGCUUUUAUAACAUUGGGGCUCAGGCCGUCUUUCGCUGAAGACAAAAAAGCAACGAGUAUAUCGAAUUGGCCUAUUAAAGAUAGUGAUAUCUACAUUGACGAUGGACUUGAAGGUUCAGGUAACAAUCAAGAGAUGAGAGAGGAUCUCGAAUCCAGUGGUUCUGGUUUCGGUCCUGAUGACGAAGACGGUACAGAAGACGAUCCUGAAGAAAAACACAAAGACAAAGGUUCAAAGCCAACUUUAUUUAACAACAAAGAAGACCAAAGCCGAAACAUUUUGCCAGUAAACACUAGAACAAAUAUAGAGGUCCCAGACAUUGAUAUAGAAAACACAAACAGCAUCACAAAUACAGUUCAAAAGGAAGAGGACUCUGUUGAGGUCAACAGGCACGGGAACGGUGUUAUAGUUAUGAAUACGAAGCACGAAGAAAGAGCGACAUCAUUCUUUGCCCAACCUGGCAUACUUGCUGCUGUCAUCGGCGGCGCUGUUGUUGGGCUUCUCUGUGCAAUACUGGUCGUCAUGUUCAUAGUCUACAGAAUGCGCAAGAAAGAUGAAGGCUCUUACGCGCUGGAUGAACCUAAAAGAUCUCCGACGUCAAACUCAUAUUCAAAAAAUUCAAAUAGAGAGUUUUAUGCCUGAGAGUUGCAUCCAACACCUCUCCAUUCUUACAUUGAACAAUAAUGUUAACAAAGCAAAUAAUUUAAACCCAUUCCUUAUCUACCUGAUUAAUUCUCAACUACUUUUUUGACUUUGUGCCAUUAUCGAUUUUAUUCUGUUACUGCCAUUGUGACAUAUGUUAUCAAUGAUUAUUUAUUGUGUUUUGUAGUUUAUUUACUUUUGAACUGUAACCAAAUAAUUUCAAUAUAUUUUUUAUAUAGAAUUGUAUUCGCAUCACUUCUCCAUUCCCUAUUUCUAAUACUUACCUUUUAUAUUUAUAUAUAUAUAUAACAAAUUGUGCAUAAUAUUCGUAUAUUUUGUGUAUAAAUGUGUGGUGGAUGCUUUCGUGUGUAAUUUUAAUAAUUCACCAAUAACAAAUAAAUUCUUAUACGUAUUGUAUUAUUAAAAAUGGAAAUCAACUCUGUAUCAUUGAAUAUCAAAAAUAAUAAACAUUCGUUUCUAAAAAUUUUAACAAUACUAUAAAAAGGAAAAUGGAGAAGCUAGUGCUUACAAAAAGUAAAUAAAUAAACUGGUAGACUUUCUUGUAAAGUUGUUUCAUUUCAAAAUGUUCGCUCUCUAAAGUAGUUCUAAGAUAGUCUGAUUUAAUUGUUAAACCUGUAAAUUAAGCUGUUAAUUUGAAAGCGAAAAAAAUCCUAACUGUAAAAUCACGCUGGACUGCUGUUAGGUGAACAAUAAAGGAUGAACAAAUAAGCACAGGCCAGUGAAUGUGGUUGUGACCUGAUUAAAAAUAUAAGCAAUCUGUGCUUACUGAAAUUAAUCAUAACCAUUUGUGUAUAUAUAUUUUUUGGUUGUUUCAAUAAUGCUCCUAGAAUCAGUAAUGUAGUUAUUAUAAAUAAUGUAUUAGGUCUUAUUAAUUUAUAUUGAUUAUAAUAUUUAAUUAAUCAUUUUGUAAAUAAAAGGUGUUCUACUAAAUUAUUCAUAUUAUUAAUUGUGAUUUGAAUUCCGAAGAGUCUCAAGGAUCUUAUUAAAAAAAAAUAAUAAUAAUAAUAAAUUCUUGACUAUUAUGAGAAAUUAUAUUUUGCAAUAAUGUAUUUUUUAAUGUCUGGUUGUAACAAUUACUUCGAACAAUCUGUCUUGUGCAUUAGGUGUCAGAUCAAAUCACUUGCUAUAUAAUUAUAGUCAUAGUUCAUUUGUGUAAUGUUCACUUACACAAGGCGUAACUAACGUUGUAUGAAUUAUUAUUCCCUCCUAAAAUAUAAUAUUGCCAUUAUUAAUUAUAUAUUUUUUAUGAAGAGUUAUAGAAAUAUGGCUAUUCAGACCAAUUUACAAUUUGCAUUUUUAUAAUUUUGAUUUGUUAAAAUUUGUUUAUUAAUUAUCUAAGACUUUGUAAUGUACAAAUAUGUUUUAACUAGUUAAUUAUUUUCUUCUUCUUUUUUAAGUUUGUUUAUAUUUGAUUCCUUUAGUGAUUUAAGUGUAAGAUUCCAAAAGUAAUAAACAAAAAACAAAAAAAAUUUCCAGCCAUAUCUCAUGGUAUCCUUAUACCAUAUCCAAAUCUCAAAAGUAUAUAUAUUAUAUAUAUAGAUAAUAUAAAAGCUUAAUAAUAAUAUAAUACAUAUUGUAUUUUCACAGUAUAUGUCGAAAUCACACAAUAGAAUAAAGAUUAGUGUGUGGCUGAUGAAGUACUACAAGAGAACAAAAAUUAUCUUGUGUAAUUGUAUAUUAUUUAAUUACCUACAUACUUAACAAAGUAUUGUAUCUAAAUAAAAAUUUUGUUAUACCUGAAAA